UCCAUGUUCCUCUCUGACCAUAAUAUCCUCCUUCCCUUUCACCCCUGAGUAGAUAAAAACGAACAGGAAAUUCUCAUUUAUUACUUUUUUACCCUCGCAGUAAAAAACCAAAAAAAGAAAAGAAAAUAAAUCCUCUCCUCUAUUAAAGCGCCUUCGGAUUUUGCAGCGGGAAUCCCUCCACAGAAGAAAAUCAUAUCUGCUCUCCACUUGCAAGAUCUCUCCUGAAAAGAUUUCCGGCUACGAAUAGAUUUCUAUAUUAAGAAGGAUUUCCAUAUCCUGAGCUGCUUCUUCCAUCUGAUUUUGGGUUUCGAGAGAAGAAGAGAUGCUGCCUUUUCAGAGGUACUACGGGUUUGGAGAAGGGUUCUCUUUUCAGGGUAUCGGGUCUACGAAGAUCGACGGUGGUGGUUCAUCUUUGAGUUCGAGAUCGACGGCUGAGAUGAAAUCCGUUGCCGCUUGUAAAAGCCACAGCGAAGCAGAAAGGAGGAGAAGAGAGCGGAUUAACGGUCAUCUUGCUAGAUUAAGGACUCUACUUCCCAAUCUAACCAAAAGGGACAAAGCGUCGUUGCUCGCGGAGGUGGUCCAGCACGUGAAGGAGCUGAAGCGGCACGCGGCUGACGUGGCAGCCACGGACAUCCCCGGCAACAGCACCAGCAACAUCUGGCCGUUCCCUAGUGAGACGGACGAGGUGACGUUGGAUAUGGAUCCUCGAUCUUCGCUUAUAAAGGCGUCAGUAUGCUGCGACGACCGACCCGGCCUACUGUCGGACCUAAACGAUGCGCUACGGUCGCUACGGCUCCGAGCUGUGAAGGCGGAGAUAGUGACGUUGGGAGGUCGGACGAAGAGCAUCUUCCUCAUCGAAAGGGGCAGUGGAAAAGGAGAGGACGACGAGUACCACCGUCUCUCUAUCCGUCGCGCUCUCAAGGCCGUCCUCGAUAAGCCCGCCCAUUCUGCUACUUCUCCUUCGCUUACGUCCGCCUCUUCCCCUGCAAUGCUGCUGGGGAAUAAGCGCCCUCGUCUCUCCCCCCAUCUCAACAUCAAUGACUUUUGAGGCUGCCUGUUGUAGAAAUCUCAACCGUCCAUCUUCUGGGAUGUAGUGAAUGGCCCACAAUCCGUUACCAAAUCAUGAAAUGAUAAUCCUAACCGUUAGCUUGCGGAGUAAAAUAUGAUCCAUUGAUGA